AUGGUACUUCUUGCUCAUCCAUUUUUAAACACAGCAUCAAUACCAAAUAUUAUGGAUCGUUCAAUGGGAAAUUCUAAUUCAUGUCCAAUUGCACGACCAAUUCCGGUUAAUUCUAGUCAACAUAAUCAUCGAACUAUUUGUCCUGUUCCUAUUCGACCAAUCAAUUCAAAUAUAUUGUUACCUUCAUUACAACAAAAUGAAAAAUUUUUGUCAGCAUCAAGAAAACAGCAAGAAUUUUUUCAUGAAUCUAAUUAUACAAAACAUUUAAAUUUAUCAACUUUAAAUAACGAUGUUAACAAGACCAUUGAUUCAUUACAUCAAUCACAAUCAUCAUCAUCAUGGAAUAGUUUAACAUCAACGUCAUCAAAUAUCAAACGUGAACCACAAUGGCUUGAUCCACAAUUAAAUAUAAGAGCAUCACCAUCACCAUCGACAUUAGAACGUUUACAUACAGAAGCUUUAAUUCGUCAUAAAACAUUACAAAUGCUCCAUGCACGUUUCCCAUUGAAUAGCAUUGAUUUUCUUGCAUCAAUGACUGAAAAUUCAUUUACAUCUCGUCUAACAAAUAAAACCUCUACACUAUUACCUUCGCUACAUUCACAUGCAUUGGCAGCGAUAUUCAAUUCGUCUUCAUCAUCGUCAUCCUCUUCAUCCUCUCUAAACAGUUCUUCUUCCAGUACAAACUCAUUGAAUACAUCACUGCGUUCACCACCAAUAAACGUACCGUUCAGUAAUCAGAAUACUCAAAAUUCAAAUAAUGAUAAAUGGUGGUCGGUUAAUGAACAUUCAACAUUGUUCGGUUCCGUCACACGAAGAUGUAAACGUUGUCGUUGUCCAAAUUGCAUUAAUCAAACUGAUAUUGAUCCACAUACAAAACGUCAACAUAUUUGUCAUAUAUGUAAAAAACUUUAUGGUAAAACAUCACAUUUAAAAGCACAUUUAAGAUGGCAUGCUGGUGAAAGACCAUUUCGAUGUCAUUGGUUAUUUUGUGGUAAAGCAUUUACAAGAUCAGAUGAAUUACAACGACAUUUGAGAACACAUACGGGAGAAAAACGAUUUCAAUGUCAACGCUGUGGUAAACGUUUCAUGCGUUCCGAUCAUUUAUCAAAACAUUCUAAAACACACGAAUUACCCAUAACUACAUCCCCAUCAUCGACAAUAAUUACUAAUGAUCGACAAAAUUUUCAUCACCAAACAGGAAGUGAAUGUAGUAGUAAUGUGGAUCUAAUGAAAAGUGAAAACAUGGAUAGUGACAAUGAUGAUGAAAUUAUUGACGUGCAAUAUUAA